AUGAGUGGUGCAAAGAUCACGAGGGUCCGAACAGGGUGUUGGACAUGUAAAAAAAGACAUAGAAAGUGCGACGAAACCAAACCUGUUUGCAUCAAUUGUUCUAGUACGAAUAGGCAAUGCGAAGGCUACGACCGUAAGAUUACUUUUGAGGUGUUUCAGCAUGACCCAAACGGAGAAUUGGGCAGGGUCAAAAGAGUGAGGAAUACCAACAACAUAACGGAAAGUAAAAAGAAGAGCAGUAAGCGAGUUCAGAUUGAUGGAACUUUUAAAAAUGAAACGGUUCCCAGAGCAUUGAUACAACCAACUCAACAAAUUAGUAACUUAAGAGGAAUCAAGUCACAUAAGAAACAAGAACAUGCUGAGGAACUGGAGGAGGAAGGAAAAGGGAAAGAGAGACAAGAAAAUCCUAUUGCAAAGAGAGCUAAAACUGAACAUACCAUGAACGAAAGCUUUUCGCAACAGAGGGAAAACAUUGCAACUGCAACUGCAACUGCAACUUACCCAAGUACUUCAACCUCAAACCUUAACCAAUUUAGCACUGAUUUGUUUGAAGAUCUCCAAACUCUUCUUUCUUCGGCAUUUGCCGAUAUAACGCCGCCUCCUCCUGAACAGCGAGUGACAAAUGAUACACGGAUUGUGGACUCUAGCACUUCUGAAGACUACAAAUACCAUCAGCACCAUCAGCACCAUCAGCAUCAGCACCACCACCACCACCAACAACAACAACAUAGCUUAGACUUUGACCUGCAGAUUAUGGAUAUAAUUGGUAAAUCUAAAAUCUUUGAUGAGAGUCAUAAAAAGUUAUUAAACAGCCCGGAAACACACGAGGACAGCAACACCACCAAUAACAAUAACAAUAACAAUAACAAUAACAAUAACAACAAAAGCAACAACAACAACAACAACAACAACAAUAACAACAGCAGUAGCACUCACGACAGCAAAACCAAGAUAACUUCACCACAAGACACUUCCUCGCUUUUUGCUAUGAGCCACCAAGAAGAAAAUAACAUGUUGAAACAUUUUUUUAAAAAAUUGUUACCUUUGCUUGAUGGCCAUCCGAAAUCACCGUGGCCAGACUUGGCACUACAAUACUGUGACUUUGACAUUGCCAGAAGUUGUUUUAUAUCGUUAGCUUGCAUCCACAUGUAUGAGAGUAAGGCAGGUGGGUCUGAAUAUUACCAAAAGGGACUUGCGCAUAUCAAUAAUACAAUGGAUCACUUGAUACGAUAUAUACGUGAGAAUGCGUCAAGAGUCAACUCUCCGAAUAAUCCAAUGAGCAAUGGACUUGAAAACGACGAGGAUCAAAGCAAAAAGCAUGUCAGUUAUUUUGUUAUUUUGGUUUUGAUGAAUGUGCAUAUUCUUUUUGCAGUUGUUGAAAAGGGCAAGAGUUCUUUGGCAAGGGACUUUUUUAAAGUCUUUUCAGAGAUUUGUAAAGACCCCAUAUUUUAUAAUGAGGUUUUAACUAAUAAUUCGAAACAGAGAUCGUUGUUGGUUGUGCUAAGCUGGUAUGAUACAGUUUGCGCAGUAGUAUCUCCUGACUACCGUUUGCCAUAUUGUCUUCCACAGUGGUAUGGCACUGUGUCAGAUUCGGUUUCCUCAUCAAAGAUGAUGGGUUGCCCGGGAGAGAUUUUUACAGCCAUGUCCGAGGUGUGUACUUUGCGGCAUCAGAUACGACAUGAUCCAAUGUUGACGUUUGAACACAUUCGAGCGAGUUAUUUGCGCAUCAAGCACAUUUUGCUCAAUUACAGAGACUAUGUUCCAUUAAACACUAGUGGUGUCGGUAAGGAAGAAGAUAAAGAGGAAGAAAGUUACGUGUUGAGAAUGAAUUGUGCUUUAUGCUGGGCUAUUGCAGUGUGGAUUACAUUGAAUAGAUCUUGCAGUGAGCUACCAACUCGCCAAUCUUCAUUACUUUUAUCACCAACUACUGAUAAACUUGUCACCGAGUUUAUAAGCAUUUAUGACCGAUUAGACCCCAAAACAGCAAUUGUGACGCAAAUGGUAUGGCCAUUGUAUGCAAUUGGCUGUGAGUGUAAAUCCGUGUUUGAAAGGAACCGCUUGUUGAAAUAUAUCACCGCGCUAUACGAAGUUACAAAGAUGGGUACGAUAUUGUCGAUGAAAGAGAUUGUUGAGAAAGUGUGGCACUCGCGAUUGAGCCAGGAGGAGUGCCUUAGUGAGUGGCUUGCAGAAGGUGUUGACUACCUACCGCUAUAA